GAUGAUACAUAAACGGGGUUACCUAACUCGUUUUCUGAAAUUGGAUCUCAGUCUCCUCGAAUGUCGCAAAAGUGAACCUCACUUGAUAAAGAAAAUCCCCCCAUAACUUUCCUCCUCCCUCAAACUCUCAGAAGCUUCAAUCUCGGCUGUUAUGGCUUCUCAAAACACAAAUCGACCCCUUGAGGGUAAGCUUGCGCUUGUGACGGGAGCUUCGAGAGGUACACUGGUCUCUAUCCAAUCUCAAAGACUUUUUGUAACUCUUUAACAAAAUCUUCCAGGUAUCGGCGAAGCAAUAUCUCACAACCUCGCUUCCAAAGGAGCCUCUCUAAUUCUCAACUACACAUCUCCAUCGUCAGCCGAGCUAUGCAACGAGCUUUCAAAGACACUUUCAUCAAACUACAAUGUAAAAUGUCUAGUCAUCCAGGCCGACAUGGGAAUGCCCACAGGCCCAACUCAGAUCAUACAGAAGGCAAAAUCACACUUCACCGAUUCCACUGGAAACUUCCAAAUCAACAUCUUGAUCAACAACGCCGGAGUCUCACGAAAUCUGAAAAUCGAAGAAUGUACAAUUGAAGACUGGGAAUGGCAAUACCGUAUCAACGUUCUCGGUCCUCUACUUUUAAUGCAAGCUGCACUUCUCUAUCUUCCCCACGACCGUAGCGGUCGAAUCGUCAACAUCUCCUCAGUCUCCUCCUCAGAAGGCUUCAAAAUGCAAUCCGUCUACGGCGGUACCAAAGCAGCUCUCGAAGCCAUGACCCGUACCUGGUCGCGUGAACUUAGCGAGAGGGCUACGGUUAAUGCUGUGAAUCCUGGCCCGGUGAAGACCGAUAUGUGGGGCGGUACUACGGAUGAAUUCCAGAAGCAUUUGAAACCUUGGAUCGAGAAGACGCCUGGAAGUAAGAUUCGUAAGGAGAUUGAUGAUGAGGAUUUGGUGAGAGAUGAGGAGAGAGCGGGCGGAAGACCGGCUUAUACGAAGGAGAUUGCGGGGGUGGUUGGGAUGUUGUGUUUGGAGGAUGCUUUGUGGUGUACGGGGCAGGUUGUAUGUGCUAAUGGGGGUAUGAGAAUGGCUUUUUAGUUUCGGAAAUAAUUAAAUGCUCUUGACACAG